GUUGUCUUCUUGAGGUCUCUCAGCUCUAUAUAGCCUGAUCCAUUCUCUCAACGGAGCUUUGUUUUCUAUUCUGAGUCCCCCCACCCUCAUCCACGAGGAGAGAGGCGUACCUAGGUAACCGCCCCGUUAUCUAAGCUUUACUGGCUAGUGACGUGCCUUCCUCGAGACUGAGAAGAGUGAUAAAUUGUGAUCGAUGCUCUCAACUAAGCCCAAUAGCCAACAUGUCAUCUUCAAUAUCAUCUGACCCUCAUCCUUGGUUGCGGGAGAUUUAUCGAGGUGUUUCCGUGAAAGCCAUUGUCGUCCUUGUUCCCGGUAUUGGAAUUCCGUUGGAUAGAUGGCAAAAUGGUGAUGGAGGGAUGUGGCUUAAGAGCAUGCCGCCCACUUCUUCACCUGAAAUUGCCGUCUACUCUUUUGAGCACAAUAUAAAGCCUGACGAUAGCUUCUCUUGGAACAGUGUCUUUGAAAGCGGAGAUAGGCUGUUUCGCGAGUUGACCGAGCUUACGGGCAAAGAUACCCAAAGUUGCCCUAUUAUUAUCAUCUCCCACAGUCUUGGUGGGAUAAUUGCGAAGGAGGCAAUAAAUCGACUCUCGCAGUUCUCCGAGCUUUGGAAGAAUAUGGCCGGUGCCAUUUUUCUAGGAACACCCCAUUCAACAUCUCCUGACGUGCAUACAUGGGAAAAGGCUGGAGCUAUCUUACGACUGUAUGCCCGAACGAAGAAUGCUCCCAUACGUCCCAAUCCCAAGGAGUCUGAGAAACUUGCCCAGAUCUGUUCAUUGUUCGAACAAGUGUUUAACCAGAUUCCAGUUCUCUCAGCUUAUGAAACUUCUCCCACGAGGAUCGGGUCUUUUCUUUCAAGUAAAGUUCUGCUGGUCAGUCGUGAGCUUGCAGCAAUAAAUAUCAGUUCCGAGUCCUUGGUUCAGGUCGAAGCAAGUCAUGAUAAGUUGUGUUGUCUGCAAGUUGGAAGCUAUCCUCUUGACCAAAUCAGCUCGUUUCUGGAGUCAACUUUUGAAAAAGUCCGGCAAAAUAUGCAACAAUAUGUACCUCCACUACCUAUGUACGAAGAAGCUGGAGGUACCAGCGUUGGAGGCUCGGUUCUUAACAUGCAAGAAAAGGAACAGGAGCUAAUGAGAGAGGUUUCUAACCUCGCCACUCAAGGCUCAUCUUCAUUCGGAUUUGAAGUGAUACCACUUAUCUCAGGUUUCGAUGUUGAUAGAAAGGAUCCACGUUUGCCAUGUUACAUUAUGCCAUCCCUUCCACGUAACCACACUUUCUUUGGGCGGUCCGAGAUAUUGGAAGAGAUGAAGAAAAUCCUACUUGUUACAGCCCAAAAGGAAACGCAGGAUCUACCUGAGGAGUCCAGAUUACCUAUCGUUGCACUAUAUGGCCCAGGGGGUAUGGGGAAAACGCAAAUUGCAGCAGAAUUUGUCUAUUCAUUGCAAUCCUCUUUCGAUGCAAUUUUCUGGUUACAAGCUGAUGAAGAAGUGAAACUGUCUCAAGGAUAUACUGAAAUUGCUACAAAACUCGGGUUGGUUCUCGAAGACUCGGCAGAUGCGCGAGACCCAGUCAUCGUUAGAGAUCUAGUCAAAGCAUGGCUGCAAAGUCCCCUCAAAACUUACCAACGACAGGAGAACUCGACUUUUGCAACCUGGCUCCUUGUUUAUGACAACUUGGAUAAUAUAAGUCUCAUAGAAGACUACAUGCCAUCGAGCUAUGCCUGCGAAGGAGCGGGAGCACUCCUUAUCACGAGUAGAGAUCCUCUCGUGAAGCAAUACGUGGCCUCAGAUGACAGCGCAGCUAUUGCAUUGCCCCCUUUUACGACGGAGGAAGCUGUGGAGUUCUUGCUUAAGCUCACUUGCCGACAAAAUGAAGACUCAGAACGAGAGAGUGGCAAUACUGUGGCUGAACGUCUUGGAGGAUACCCUCUUGCUCUAACACAAAUGGCCGGUAUCAUCUCUCGCCAGCAGCUUUCUUUCGCUGAAUUUCUCCGGGUAUUUGAAGAAGAGGAGGUUCGUUCUAGAUUUUUCAAGAUGCAGGGAAACCCAAGGAAACGGGGUUCCUAUCAGCAUACCCUUGACACAGUGUGGGCGCUGGGAAAAUUGAGCAGAGCCGCCACCAUGCUUUUAGGCGUCUUGUCAUUCCUAGAUCCCGAUAGCAUCCCGGAAUAUAUUCUCCGAGAUGUCGGCUCUAAAGUUGAUGUUGAGGACUAUCCGAAAACAGAAGCUGAAUAUAAUGAGGCGCGUACCGAACUUUUGCAAUCAUCACUGAUCGCUAGAGACUGGAAAACGCAAAGGAUUACAAUCCAUCGACUUGUGCAGGAUGGGGCAAGGUCAAAAAUGAGUCAAGAGAGAUACAAUUUGAUAUUUUACUUAACAGUCAGACUUUUAUUUUUAGCCUGGGCGUUUGAAGAAUUUUCUUACGACUACACAGUUUCAACCUGGGCAACAAAUUCGGUGCUCUUCCCGCAUCUAUCACAAUUGCAUCGUCAUUCCUCAAAGGCGGAAAUUCCUCACACUGUUACUCUGGGAAGUUUGGAGCUCUCGAGACUCUUGAGUGCUGGUGCAAGGUUCCAUCAUCGGCGGGGAAUGUCUUCAGAGUCAACACCAUAUCUGAAUACAGCGAUGAGUCGAUGCAAAACACUCCAAAAGAACUUGGAGGGCCAUCACGAUUCCGAAUCCAAAGCUCUCUCCAAAGUCAUUAAAGUUCUGAUAGCCGAAAUACACCACGACCUAGCUUCAGCUGCCAUAGUCACCAAUCAAAUGGCAGUUGCUCGUGCUCACUUCUCGGCAGCUUAUGAGAUAAGACUGGAAUUUGCCGCAGAGAAUCCUGGAAAGGCUGAUAGAAAUUUGAUCAUCGCAACUAACGAGAUGGGGAAUACACAUAUGAUCUACAAAGAGUGGACACAAGCUUGCGAAGUCUACCGCCGGACCGUAGAUAUGAUCAAGCAGCUAGAUGUGGACACAAUCGAAAGAGUGGACCUUUUAUCCGUGCCUAUGGCGAAUCUUGCUUGCGUCAACUGGAUCCUCGGCAGGCUUGAAGAAGGCGUUAAGAUCGCGACUGAAGCUUUAGCUGCACGUAAGGCCCUCUACGGAUCUGAUGACACCAAAUCAAUGAUGUGAGAGUUGGGAGGAUACUUCACCAGUACGCCAAUUUGCGAACCGCCCAAGGGCGCCUGGACGAGGCAUUCGAGCUUGAUGUUAGGGCAUUAAAGCAUAAUUCAACUGUGCUAGGAAACAAGCAUCAGCAUACUACGGACUUUCGCGUUGCAGUUGCAACUCAUUGUGCUAGACAAGGGAAGAACGAUGUAGCGAUGACCCUAUUCGAACAAUGCUUGGCGAUCUUCACCUCGCGAGAACAUUUUGAGCCCGAAACCGCGCGGGUUCUAUACCGGAAAGGGCAGCUCCACGUCAAGAUGGGCCAUAUUGACGAGGGAAGAAAAGAUCUCAGCAAGGCGUGGGACCUGUACUGCCAGCUGAAAAAGGAAAGACAUGAAGAUAUGAAACAUAGGAUAGAGGACUUGACUGAUGAGGAUUUCACCGACUUGAUUACUUUCUGGUCAAGAUGAACUUCUGUUCAUUGGUGACAGGUAUUUGUCAAUGAUCAAUAGUAUGCAGCAUGAUCUAGAUGUCCAUCCACGACUUGCAGUCCCGGCGUUCAUUUAUGGUAUUGUUCAAGGUCUUAUGGAGCAGGUACCGGUUCUAGUUGGCACGUCGGAGAAACCAUCUUUCUAACGUAGUCCUGUCGGGGUUAAUUUGCUCGUCGGCACAGAAGUCGAAACAGCACUCUUAAUGCUUCUUCUUCGACUACUAGCCCUUUUACCGGUGUCAAUUGCUCUCACUUUGACAGAAGCAAGCCUUCUACCC